AUUUGGUGCCAAACGUCAAAUCGCCCUAAACGAACCAGCCUGGUGGAAAUAACGCGCGCCCAAACAAAAAUCGCGAACCGGUGUAAAAUGCCCCAAGAAUUGCGUGUUGUUCGUUGUUUUCAGUGUUUAAAAUAUCAGGUUGAUAUCGUUAAAAAGGCCAACAAAUGGGCGUGCAAGGUUUGUGGCGUCAAACAAUCGCUUGCGAGAGAGUUCUUUCGCGGCGCGGGCAAAGAUUGCCGAAGCGUGGUGCACCAACUAUCGAUGCGAAAUCAAGCAAUGGAUCAACAGGAAGAGGAAGUGGUUAAGCUGGUGGUUCAAAACAAAAUACGCCUCCCAAAACCACCUGUGAAUGUACCAACAACAACAGAUGGCCAAAGAGACGGUAGCGAGCCAAUACAUGGUCCGAGCAAAUGGGAAUCGUUUCUGACAAAAGAAGCUACAAACGAUGAUCCGAAUGAUUGUUUAAGUGCAUCGGAUUCGUUUGAAAAUGUGUCCAGUACAACGUUUGACCGGGAGCGCAUUAAUUGUCCUGAGAUUGGCAUGAAGGCAACGGGUGCAAGUGGUUGGAACAAAUACCGAACGAACGGGCAAGAUUUGCAUAGCGAUGGUGCACAACUGUUCGCAAACAAUGAUAGAGAGUCGUCAUCAGGGAGAAACUGGGUCGCUCAAGCUAAAAGUUCGAUUGGUCAGGCAAGCAAAGCAAAGCAGACCACAAUAUCCUUCCAAGGGCGAGAUAAUCGCUGGAGCUGUUCUGCUAGAAAUGAUUCAUUAGAGCUUCCUAGUUUUCAUCACAAACCUAAUAAUAGCAGACGAGCCUUACCAAACACGACGCGAAAGUUCGUUGCUGAAGCUAUUGUAGUGCCAAGCCUUUCAACGUCCGUGGCUCCCGGUUCUUCUGCGAGUUCCAAACCACCAGAGAUGCCUAUCAAGAGAAAACUUACAGCAAAUCCUCCGCUGAUGAAUUUCGGAAAACGAAUUGCAACAGAUAGUAAGCCUGCACCUACUAAUUCUAAGGAGCCAUCGAAUAAUGUCUUUGAUAGGAAGCCCAGAACAGAUACCGAAACUGCCACCGUAUCCUCCUCCAAGUGGGCAAAAUAUCUCCAGGAAGAUGAUGAAACGGACGAAAAUACAGACAACAAUUUCAUCAUGUUCUGAACAGCACAUUAAA